AUGUCCAGUUUUGAUAAUACUUCAUCAUCUAGUUCAAUAUCUUCAACAAUUUCUUGUGCAUCAUUCUCCACAAUAGAAUAUUCGGCACCUAUAAUUCAAAAUUUAUUAUUAGAAGAUGGAGAACAUUUUGAAGUAGUAUUGAAUAAUUAUAAGCGGUCGGCAGCUUCUUGUUGGAAAAGUUUUGGUUUUCCAGCAAGAAAAAACAAUGAAACUAUGGAAAAAGUCAUUAUACCAGGUUUCGUAUCGUACAACAGUAGUUUUGCACGUACAAGUACAUCGAAUCAAGUACCCUGA